AUGGAGCUGAAGUCCGAGCAGAUUGCUCAAGGCAGGCAGUCGCUCAGUCCUGGAGGCGACCGAACGAUAUCGCUGCGCGAUUUGCGCGUGACUGCCAUCGCCAAUCUCGGUGUGACCAGGGACGGCUACGAUUGCAUCGACUUGAGCAACAACGAGAUCCGUAAGCUGGACAAUAUCCCGCUGCUGCCCCGUCUGCGAACGCUGGUACUGGCUGGUAACCGCAUUAGCAAGAUCUCCGACACGCUCGGCGAUUCUGUGCCGAAUCUGAGUUCAUUGGUGCUGGCAGGGAACAACAUUGCGCAACUUUCCGACUUGAGUCCGCUUUUCAAGUUGAUAAAGCUGGAGCGGGUUUCGCUGCUGGACAACCCAGUCAUCGCAGUGCCACGCUUCACGGAAUACAUGGUGUUCCGUCUGCCUUCCUUGCGCUACCUGAACUUUUGCAAGGUCGCUCAGAAGGAUCGCCGCUCAGCUGCCGAGUUCUUCCGCACGGAAGAGGGCCUUUCUUUGCUUAGGGAGCACGGUUACGACCCGUUCGCAUCGCUCGGCGGCGUCAAAGAGCGCGCUGAUGUGCUGGCCAUGAUGGAGAAGACGACCGAUGUCGGUUCGUUGCUGGAACUCGAGAAACGGCUGAUGCAACCCGAGUCCGGCGUUCCAUCGGCAAUAUAG